AUGGAGAACACAGACAUGAAUCAGACUGGUGAUAUGGCAGCUGUGUUAUUCUGUUUUCCUCAUCUGCAAGGCUCCUGUCCUCGAACACUCAGACUGUAUGUUACAAGGGUGGCCAUGUAUGCAUUUAUGCUAACCACCAUUCUAAUGACCGUGUGUGGAAACCUUCUGGUCAUAAUUGCUAUAUCACAUUUCAAACAGCUACACAGUCCCACCAAUUUCAUUCUCCGCUCCUUGACUGUGGUCGAUUGUUGUUUAGGCUGCUUUGUUAUGCCUUUCAGUAUGGUCAGAUCGGUUGAAGGAUGCUGGUAUUUGGGGAAACAUUUCUGCAAAGUCCAUUCCAGUCUAGACAUGAUGUUCUGCACUACAUCUAUACUGCACCUGUGUUUGGUAUCAAUUGACAGGUAUUGGGCCAUCUGUCAUCCUUUACAAUACAGGACAGCUGUUCCCAUAAUUAAGGUGAUCAUGUGUAUUGGCAUCAUCUGGUUGUUUGCUUUUGUGUUUGGUUUUGGGGUUGUGUUCUCAGAGGUGAAUGCAGUGGGUUUGGAGGCACUCAUAUUGAUGAGUUCUUGUGUAGGAAGUUGUGCCUUGUUUUUUAACAAAGAGUGGAGCAUCAUUGCUUCUCUUGUGGCUUUCUUCAUUCCAGGAGCUGUAAUGACCUUCUUGUAUGUUAAGAUUUUUUAUGUUGCUCAGAAACAUGCCAAGGUCAUAUCUGAUAGAAUGGCCACAGUGUCUUUUCAUGAACUAAAGAACCAAGCAUCAGAGCAGAGAGAGAGGAAGGCUGCUAAAACAUUGGCCAUUGUAAUGGGAGUGUUUCUCUUCUGCUGGCUACCCUAUUUUAUUACUACUAUUAUUGAUCCUUUUAUUAACUUUAUGACACCUGUUGGUAUUUUUGAUGCUCUUGUCUGGUUUGCUUACUUUAAUUCUACGUGUAACCCUAUCAUUUAUGCGUUCUUCUAUCCACAUUUUCAAAAUGCAUUUAAAAUUAUAAUAGGAAAGAUUUUUAGCCUCAAGAUUACCUCAGUUAUUCUGCUGUCUUUAUGA